AUGAAGUUUCUUAUUUUCGUUGCGCUGGUCAGCUGUGUCGCCCCAGCAUAUUACGAGUGCGAUUGGGUGCCAACUAUCGGUUGUGGCGGAAGCAUUCAUGUGUGCGAGUUGCGUUCCACUGUAGGAUUUGGGGUAUUCGACCGCGAAGAGGCUGAAGGCCUAGUCAUUUAUCACAAGUGCGAUUGGGUUCCAACUCUCGGUUGUGGCGGAACCAUUCGUGUGUGCGAGUUGCGAGCAACUUUAGGAUGGGGGGCACUCAAUCGCAAAGAAGCUGGAAUUACAGUCCAAAAUCUGCAGGUGAGUAGACUUUUGAUGUCUGUGAUGUCAUUAAGAGGCGUUGUCUGUAAGACUCUUGGCACAGUUGCAAAAAGUUGUUUCAAUCCAAACUAUUUUCACAGCAUAUAA